UCCCACACAGAGGGUCGAUCAUCAGUAUUCGCGCAAUGCUCGUGUCGACUAUAUAACGGCGGUGUGGCGGUCGCGAAUCGCGCAGUUCCGUCUUGCUCCUCCAGGUGAACUCCACAGGUGACGCUCUGGAGGCGGCACGCAAUGGACCCGACUCGCUUAAUGAACUCGCUCUCGUGAACGGCGCCCGCGAACGCACCCGAAGAUCGGAGCUUUCCUCCGGCAAAAAGUCGCCCGAACCCUUUUUGCCGCGCUUUGCCGAGAUUAGCGCAGCUUUGAGUUGGGCGCAACAAGUCACGGUAUCUUCGCCCAUCGAUGUGCUGACCCCCAGCAUGGAUUAUGUUAGCUCUCUCUGCUGUCUUCUCGCCUUCGUCCUCUACUACAACACGCUGGAUGCCGGAUUCGUUUACGACGACCGGCGGGCGAUUCUGAGCAACCCCGACCUGCUGCCGAAGACGCCAUGGGCGCGCCUCUUGGAAAACGACUUCUGGGGGACUCCUCUCAGCGACAGCGGCUCUCACGGCUCGUAUCGUCCGCUGUGCGUUCUAACCUUCCGCCUCAAUUACCUUCUGGGAGGUUUCCAACCGUGGGGCUACCACCUCGUCAACGUGCUUUUACACUGUCUUGCUACGGCCCUUUUGGUCAAACUGGCAAGACAAGUGCUUCCGAAAUCAAAGUCUUCAGUCGGGCCUGCCAUAACCGGGCUGAUUUUUGCCACGCAUCCCAUACACACGGAAGCGGUGGCUGGGGUUGUGGGCCGAGCUGAUUUGGCAGCAUGCAAUUUUUAUCUAUUAUCGUUCCUAGCCUACGUUACGCAUACUAAGCAUAGAGAUUCGUUUUGUUGUUAUGGUGGUAAUAAAGAAGACAAUAUGAAGCAGCUUAGAACUUUGAAGUACCAGAAGUUUGUUUAUAGUCUGCAAAAAAACGUUACGAGUUGUAAUUGGCCAAAGAGGUUGGGAGUGAGCGAGGCUUGUAAUAAAAACGUCGUCUUCCGAAUGCAUUUGAAGGAGAAGAAUGAAGCGUGUUGUUUGAAAAGUAGAGUGAGGCAAUGGAUGUACUUGGGUCUGUGCAUUCUCCUGGCUUUGGCUGCGAUGCUGAGCAAGGAGACGGGGAUCACAGUGCUGGGGAUGUGUAUGAUUUACGACUUCAUUUACUGCCCUUCGUUGAAAAAGAGACAAUGGCGCAGUUUGCUCGUCCUGGGAGCAGCUUCCGUUAUCCUUUUAGCCAUCCGCUUGCAAUCCCGCGUGCCCCAGUUCUCCACCGCUGACAAUCCGACGGCUCGCGAGCCGAAACUCCUCACCCGCUUGCUCACCUUCAUCUACCUUCCCGUCUUCAACUUCUGGCUGCUCCUCGUCCCCAACACCCUGAGUUUUGACUGGGGCAUGGACGCCAUCCCCCGAAUCACCACUCUGGGCGACAGCCGCAACAUCGUCACCUUCUGCUUCUACUCGCUGCUCUUCCUCCUGGUGAAAAAGAGCGUCUCGUCGAUGAGAUCGCCGCCGAAGACGUGCCGCUGCUGCCACUUGGACUUGUCCGAUGUACAUACGGUUAAUUGUCGGAACACGAACAAUAAUAAUACGGCGCAUUCGACGUGCGUCUGUCUUUCGAAAAGAUCGACAUCGAAUUCCUGUUGUGUUAUUUUGUUGGCGCUGGCGUUUCUGACUCUUCCUUUUUUGCCGGCGACCAACUUACUGUUUUAUGUCGGGUUUGUGGUGGCCGAGAGGGUUCUUUAUCUACCCAGUGCGGGACUGUGUUUGAUGGUGGGACUCGGCGGGGCUGCGCUUUAUCGGAAGUAUCGCACGCCGUUUACUGUGGGCUUUAUUGGAGUUUUGCUAACGUUCAGUGCUAAAACCGUGCUGAGAAACAAAGACUGGACCAACGAGGAAGCGCUGUAUCGGGCCGCCGUCAACGUCAACCCGCCCAAAGCGUUCGGGAAUUUAGGCAGCGUUUUGAGCAGUCAGGGCCGAAUCACGGAAGCCGAGUGGGCAUUCCGCAAGGCGCUACAAUUCCGACCCAACAUGGCCGAUGUGCACUAUAAUCUGGGCAUUCUGCUCCAGGCGAGGCAGCAAUUGGGCGAAGCCAUCGAGAGUUACCAACGAGCCAUUCAUUUUCGACCAUCGCUGGCACUGGCCUAUGUCAACUUGGGCGCCGCGCUGAUAUCUGCAGGCAGGUGUCAAGAAGCAGUGUCAGUUCUUAGACAAGGAUCUCGUUUAGACGGGACGGGUCUGAGGGACCGACGCGAGCACGAAACGGCCAGAGUUUCGGCCCUCCUGCAGCUGGGAGCUUUGUAUUCCGAGCAGGGACGACUGCAAAGGGCUUUAGCGGCCUACAGAGAAGCGGCCUACUCGCUCCCAGAGCACUAUCCACCACAGAGCGUUUUCAACGUGUUGGGAGAGACACUCGCCCGACUCCAGCAGGACGAGGAAGCCGAAAGGUGGUACCAAGCUGCGCUGAAUGCACAGCCUGACCAUGUGCCUGCCCACAUAACUUACGGCAAACUCCUUGCCAAAAAUGUGAGCCGAACGGCGGAAGCCGAACAGUGGUUUCGCAAAGCCCAAAGGUUGGCCCCCCAGGAGCCCAGCGUCUACCACCAUUACGGUGAGUUCCUGGCGUCGCGGCGCCGCUAUAAAGAAGCGUCGGUUAUGUACGAAAAGGCGGCAGAAUUGCGGCCACAUGACUACGAGUUGGCGGUGGCGGCGGCGACGGCGAUGAGGCAGGCGGGAAGGCACCAGGAGGCUGAACGCUGGUACAGAACGGCGGUAGACCUCAAGCCUUCCGAUGCUCGCAGUCAUACGAAUUUGGGCGCGAUCCUCCACCUGAACGGCAAAUAUAGCGAAGCUGCCAGCAGCUACAAGGAGGCAUUAAGGCUUCAGCCAGACGACAUCACCACGCUGACGAAUCUGCAUAAGCUGCACAGCGUAAUGACCUGACACUGAAAGCGUUGAAAACGCUCCGGGUUUUAUUAUCAACGAAGUAAGGAGAAAUUAUCUAUGUGCUACGUGUGCUUCUCUACGCCGACGUUUUGGGACCACCCCGUAUUGCAACACUCGGCAACCACGAGACUCUGACAAUAUGAAUGACGAUCGAUAGUGAUAUUUUUGUUAAGAACUGUAUUUUUUCAGACGUCACUUUCAGCGUGAUAUUCUGUACAUAAGGUACGUUGAGUUUCCUCGAUUUUCAUUCGGCGUUACGUUUUUCUUAUGGAAAAUAAAAUGUUUACAUAUCUUUUUAUCAGUGUAAUGUAAUUUUUGAAUUGGAUAAAAGCUUCUCGACUAUUAUUCCCUUGGAAUUGUAAGCUUUCAAAAUAAUAUUAUUACCAUAUUGUUGGCUUUUAAUGGGUCGUAUAUUGUAAUUAAAUCUGUAUUUAAUUAAAUUGUAAAAUAAAGCUUUAACUUAUUUUGUGUA